GUCGUGGCUGUGUAUGGAACUCUCUCAGAUCUGCUCUCUGUGGCCAGUAACAAGCUUGGAAUAAAAGCCACCAGUGUUUACAAUGGCAAAGGUGGACUCAUUGAUGAUAUUGCUUUGAUUAGGGAUGAUGAUGUUCUGUUUGUCUGUGAAGGAGAGCCUUUCAUUGAUCCUCAGGCUGAUGGGAGACCUCAGGAGGAGCUGACAGGGGCACACACAGACUGGCUGACACUCAAUGUGGGAGGCAGAUACUUCACCACCACACGGAGCACUCUGGUUAACAAAGAACCUGACAGCAUGUUGGCUCACAUGUUCAAAGAUAAAGAUGCUUGGGGGAAUAAACAAGAUGCUAGAGGAGCUUUCCUCAUUGACCGCAGCCCUGAGUAUUUUGAGCCCAUUUUGAACUAUUUACGUCAUGGACAGCUCAUUGUAAAUGAUGGCAUUAAUUUGCUAGGUGUCCUGGAAGAAGCCAGGUUUUUUGGGAUCGACUCACUCAUCGAACAGCUCGAAACAGCCAUUAAGAAUUCCCAGCCUGCUGAGGAUCAUUCCCCCAUAUCCAGGAAGGAGUUUGUCAGGUUCCUCCUGGCAACACCCACCAAGUCCGAGCUGCGCUGUCAGGGCCUCAAUUUCAGUGGAGCAGAUCUUUCCCGCCUGGAUCUUCGCUACAUCAACUUCAAGAUGGCCAACCUGAGCCGCUGCAACCUGGCACAUGCCAACCUGUGCUGUGCCAACCUGGAGAGAGCUGACCUCUCAGGCUCUGUGCUUGAUUGUGCAAACCUCCAGGGGGUGAAGAUGUUGUGCUCCAACGCUGAAGGAGCAUCCUUGAAAGGCUGCAACUUUGAAGAUCCAUCAGGCCUUAAAGCUAAUUUGGAAGGUGCUAACCUGAAGGGUGUGGACAUGGAGGGAAGUCAGAUGACGGGAAUUAACCUCAGAGUUGCAACGCUGAAAAAUGCGAAACUAAAAAACUGUAACCUCAGAGGAGCAACAUUGGCAGGAACUGACCUGGAAAAUUGUGAUCUCUCAGGCUGUGACCUACAAGAAGCUAAUUUGAGGGGAUCUAAUGUAAAAGGAGCCAUCUUUGAGGAAAUGCUGACACCUCUGCAUAUGUCUCAGAGCGUCAGAUAG